AUGCCUCUUACCCUCACAUGCGGCAACGACCGUCGAGUGUUGACGAACCCCCCGGGCUACGAUGAAAAACUUGCAGCGCUGAAACAGAUUGUGAAGGACUGGACUGGCUGCAAUGAAUUCAAAAUGAUUCACAAAGGUGCUGUUAUGAAGGACGAUAAUGCUCCCCUAUCUGCGUAUCAUAUCAAACACAAUUCUACGAUAGCCAUUAUACCCAAAGUCACCGUCCCUACCCCUGCUACUUCAUCGAUAUCCAAAUCAGAACAGAAUACUGUUACUCGUAUCGUCGAUGAACUCAGCUCUGUUCGUUCCACUCUCGUACUGGACCUGCAAUCGUUCGUCAAUCAUCCAACGGAGAAAGAGCAUAUGCGUCUCUCAGAAUUGCUCCUGCAAUCUCUGCUGCGCUUAGAUGCUGUUUCGCCCGAGCCUACUUGGGAAGCCGCGCGAAGAGACCGAAAAAAUGCAGUGAAAGAGGUGCAGGGUUAUAUAGACCAGUUGGACGACGCUUGGCGCUCUAGACCAAGAUAG